AUGCAGUUCACCACCGCCCUCUUCCUCGCCGCCGCAGGCCUCGCUGCCGCUCAAUCCUCUUCAUCUGCAGCAGCCGCAGCAGCACCUAGCACGUCCUCUGGAGCAACCUCUUCCGGCUGCGGUAGUGCAAUCGAUGACCAGAUCGCCGCCUGCCUCCAGAACACCUCCGUCCAACUCGACGCCUGCGAUGCGAACGCGUGGAAAUGCAUGUGUACUGCGCAAAAGAACGUCUUGACGUGCUACAACAGCUGCACGUCCAACCCCAUGAGGGCGUCGGCGCUGCAACAGCAGACGCAGUGGUGUAAUGCUGCAGAGGCCUACCCGGCCAGCAGCUCCACCUCGCAAUCCAACGGCCGAACGACCGCGAACGCUGCCACCGCUGCCACCGCCUCCUCCACCGCGACCACGACCACGAGGCAGGUCGUGCACAACGGCUUUGCGAGCGCCAGCGCCAGCGGCUCGGCGGCAGCACAGUCUUCUGGUGCCGCGAGCGGUCUGACUCCUGCCGGCGGCAUCGUGGCUGCUGUCUUCGGUCUCGCGAUGUUGUAG